AUGGAGACUAUCAACGUGGAUGUUUUGGUCUGUGGAGGAGGAAUGUCGGGAAUGGCAUGUGCUGCGUUUGCAACAGAAGCAGGAGCUACCACAUUGAUUGUCGAGAAACAAUCGGAGGUUGGUGGCUCCUCAAAUUACUCCGCAGGAAUGUUCUGGGCUCCACAAACCUAUGAUAAGCUAAGGUCUUGGGUCCCCGAAGGUGACGCUGCUUUACAAAAAGCAUGGAUCAAAGACUAUCUGCCCGCAGUGCAGUGGAUGCGAGACAAUGGAGUGCCUACUGCAAAGCGCUUCGAUGGCAUCAUGACAAUAGGUAUCGGGUUUCCAAUCAAAGUAUCCAACCUUCACAGUCUCCAUCAAAAGCGCAUCAACUCGAACAAAGCAAAUACACUUUUCACCAACACCUCAGUGGUGAAGCUCAUUCAGAAAGAGCCCGGUGUGCCUGGAUCGACCGUGACCGGGGCCAUAAUUUGUCGAAAAACCCCCAAUUCACCACCUACAUACUACGAGGUUCGAGCUCAGUUGGUCGUUCUGGCCACGGGUGGAUUCCAAGGUUCCCCCCAGAUGACAUCGAAAUACCUAGGACAAGGCGGAGAAAACGUUUUCGUGCGUUCCAAUCGUGGAUCUGUGGGCGAUGGACUCAGCCUGGCUAUUGAAGCCGGUGCUGGGACUAGCAGGGGUAUGAAUACCUAUUAUGGCCAUUUAUUGCCAGCGCCUCUUAGGGCUGAGGACGUGAACCCGAAGGAUUAUCUUCCACUUGCCCAAUAUCAAAGCAAACACUGUCUGCUAAUAAACGAAUCUGGUCGACGAUUUGCCGAUGAGUCAACAGGAGAUGAGAUCAUUAACCAAUAUCUUGCUAAACAGGAAAAGCGUCGUGGGUUCAUAUUGUUCAACGAGGAAACGCGCCUCCGGCACUGCGUAAGUGCGUUGUUCCCCAAUGCUGGUGAUGUCGAUCGUCUGCAGAAAGCGCGCGACCAUGGCUGCAACGUGGGAACGGCAUCAACGCUGAAUGAGUUGACCAAGAUUCUUCACAACUGGGGAGUGAAUGAUAUGCAGGCAAGACAUACCAUCGAGCAAUAUGAUCAAGCGAUGCGCUUGGGACAAAAGCAUAUCUCGUUGGAUGCCCCCGUUGGCCGUGGUGGACCACCCCCUGCACCCUUGGUGGAUGGAAAUGGUCCCUUUUAUGCCAUAGAGGUCCAGCCCUCCAUUACCUUCACCUAUGGCGGGAUCGCAAUUGACACCCAAGGGCAUGCCCUAACCCCUGAUAAAUGCAUCAUUCCAGGCCUGCUUGUAGCGGGAGUCGAUGCUGGGGGUUUCAGCAACCUUGGGUAUGCUGGAGGUCUUGCUUUGGCCUUUGUGACUGGAUUUUGGGCUGCUCAAGAGGUGGCAAAGCAAUUGUGUUUGCCAGUCCCUUGUCUGCCUGCUGCCGAUUCUCGUGACGGGGAAGAGAAACCAGUCAAAGGCAAUCUUUAG